AUGACUGCUGAUGAACAGUAUUGGUCGCAGCUGCGUCCCUUUCAAGGCGGACUGCUGACGCCGGACGAGCAAUCUCGGCAGGAGCGGUAUCUGGUGGCAAGACACCCGAGUAAUGCGGAGACCAGGCGGAACGUUGCUCUGGAUAACACGAGGAAGCGGUUUGAGCAGUUGCUCGGGAUCAGUGGGCUGUUCCGGCAUUUCAUGGUGAACAAGGCGAAGAGUGACCCUGCGUUCCAAAAGAUCCUGGACGGGAUCGACGAGAAGCAGCUUGCCAGAAGCAAAGGCGGGGUCCGGAAGAGGAAGUCCGAAAGGGAGGAGGAUGCAGAAUUGUUGAAGGAUGAGGAGAUGGACGGAGAGGACAGCGACAUUGGGCAAGAGGUGGAAGAGUAUAGAGAAUCGCCCAAAUUUGUCAACGGUGAACUGAGACCUUACCAGAUCCAAGGUUUGAAUUGGCUGAUCUCACUCCACAAAACGGGUUUAUCCGGUAUCUUGGCCGAUGAGAUGGGGCUUGGGAAGACUCUACAGACAAUCUCUUUCUUGGGGUACCUGCGCUACGUCGAAAAGAUCUGUGGUCCAUUCCUUGUCAUUGCCCCCAAAUCCACUUUGAAUAACUGGUUGAGAGAGAUCAACAGGUGGACCCCAGAGGUUAAUGCAUUAGUCUUGCAAGGUGACAAAGAAGAAAGAGCUGCUUUGCUCAGAGACAGAAUCCUAGCAUGCGAUUUCGAUGUAGUGGUUACCUCUUACGAGCUCAUUAUCAAAGAGAAAUCGUACAUGAAGAAGAUCGACUGGGAGUACAUUAUCAUUGAUGAGGCUCACAGAAUCAAAAACGAGGAGUCCAUGCUGUCGCAAGUCAUCAGAGAAUUUACCUCCAGAAAUAGACUGCUGAUCACAGGUACCCCAUUGCAGAAUAACCUGCACGAAUUGUGGGCUUUGUUGAACUUUCUUUUGCCCGAUAUUUUCUCCAAUUCACAGGACUUCGACGCUUGGUUUUCGUCCGAGGCUAGUGAGGAGAACAAGGAGAAGAUUGUGAAACAGCUGCAUACCGUACUGCAACCUUUCCUACUACGUCGUAUCAAAAGUGAGGUCGAGACAUCGCUGCUCCCAAAGCAGGAGAUGAAUCUGUACGUUGGUAUGUCCAGUAUGCAAAGAAAAUGGUACAAGCAGAUUCUAGAAAAGGAUAUUGACGCUGUGAAUGGCUCUAACGGUAACAAGGAAUCCAAAACAAGACUGUUGAAUAUUGUCAUGCAAUUGAGAAAGUGCUGUAACCACCCAUACUUAUUUGAUGGUGCAGAACCAGGCCCACCAUACACCACCGACGAACAUUUGGUGUUUAAUUCUGCUAAACUGAAGGUCUUGGAUAGAUUGCUAGCUAAAUGGAAGGCCGAGGGGUCGCGUGUUUUAAUCUUCAGUCAAAUGUCUAGAUUGUUGGAUAUAUUGGAGGAUUAUUGCUUUUUGAGAAGUUACUCGUACUGUAGAAUUGAUGGGUCCACUGACCACGAAGAUCGUAUCCGGUCCAUCGAUGAAUACAACGCUCCAGACUCGGAGAAAUUCAUCUUCCUGUUGACCACCCGUGCCGGCGGGUUAGGUAUCAAUCUAACCAGUGCUGACAUUGUUGUUCUUUUCGAUUCUGAUUGGAACCCACAGGCAGAUCUGCAGGCCAUGGACAGAGCGCAUCGGAUUGGGCAGAAAAAACAAGUAAAAGUCUUUAGAUUUGUUACCGACGUUUCGGUAGAGGACAAGAUUUUGGAAAGAGCCACUCAGAAACUAGAGACUGGAUCAAUUGGUCAUACAGCAGACAGGGGGCUCAAGCAAGAGCAGAAGGAGAGCAAAGCAGAAUCAAAGGACUCUUUGCUAUCCAUGAUUCAGCACGGUGCCGCUGACGUGUUCGAAGCUAAAAGUAAUACAGCAAGUACGAAUGGAACUCCUCAACCCGAAAACACGAAGAAUCCAAACAAAGGCUCUGGGAAACAAGGAAAUACCAACCAAGACCCUGAUCCAGAGAUUGAUAUUGAAGCUAUCCUAUCGGCAUCAGAAUCGAAAACCCAAUCUUUGAAUGCAAAGUAUGAGUCGUUGGGUCUGGACGAUUUACAGAGAUUUAACCAAGAUUCCGCUUAUGAAUGGAACGGUACUAAUUUCAAAAAACAGAAGAUACAAAAGGACAUCAUUGACCCAAUGUGGAUGCAUCCAACCACCAAGCGUGAACGGAGAGGUAACGAUAACUACAUUGUGGACAAUUACUACAAAGAUAUCCUGAAUCCCAGAAAACCCCCAGCGCCUGUUCAGCCACGGAUGCCUAAACCACGUCCAUUUUAUAGUCAUCAAAUGCAGAACCCCGGACUGAAAGAUCUCUAUGAGAAGGAGCGCUUCUGGAUUGCCAAGAAGACUGCAUAUGUUCCAAAUGACGAUGACGUGAAGGCCCUUUACGGUGAUAAUCUGUCUAAGGAAGAGAUGGCGCAAAAACUAACCUUGAUGAAGAAAACUGUUAAGAUUGCUGAACCGUUAACUGAAGAAGAAGAAGCAUUGAAGGUUAAAUGGGAAACGGAAGGUUUCGGAAAUUGGAAGAUCCUAGAAUUCAGAAAGUUCAUCAGUUUGUCGGGUAAGUAUGGUAGAAACUCUAUUCAGGCAAUUGCUUCUGAGUUGGCGCCUGCAAAAACCGUUGACGAAGUGAGAGCAUAUGCGAAAGCUUUCUGGACCAAUUAUAAAGAUAUUGAGGAUCAUGAUAGACUGAUUAAAAAUAUCGAAGCAGAAGAAGAGAGAUUAAGACGCAUAAAAUACCAGCAAGCGAUUUUAAAGCGGAAGAUUUCUGAAUUUAAGAACCCAUUUUUCGAGCUGAAAUUCAAGUUCCCACCUUCGACUAACAACAAAAGAAUAUUUUCUGAAGAGGAGGAUAGGUUCUUGCUUGUUUCAUUAAACAAAUACGGAUUGGAGAGAAGCGAUAUCUAUGAAAUGAUAAGGGAUGAAAUUAGAGAUUGUCCGUUAUUCCAAUUGGAUUUUUUCUUCCAAAGUAGAACUCCGCUCGAAAUCGGUAGGAGAGUCUAUACAUUGAUGCAAUGUCUGGAGAAGGAAUAUCCACCGGAAACUUUGGCACAAUUAGAAAAAAUUGAGAAGGAUGCCGCUGCACAACCGCCAGUUGCCACUAAAGAAUUAACUGAGAAUCAUAUGACUCCUAAAGUGGAGGAAAAUACGCCUGUGGUCAAAUCAGAGCCUCCAGUCACUGCAUCUUCUGUCGACAGUACCACGACGGAUCCAACACUGCUAAAACAAGAUGCAUCUGAAAGUUCGGAAACCGGGAAAUUACCAGAACUAAUGUCUGAACAAGGUACUAUAAAUAAGCGGCCUCUAGAGGAAAGCACGGUGAGUUCAGAACAGUCUGCUGUGUUGGAGGGAAACCCUGAAACAACCACCCUCCCAGAUGCUGCUUCUACUGAAGUUAAAAGAGCAAAGCACGAAUGA